CGUCACAGCCACUUGAAAUAAAUUCCGACAAAAUCGAGUUCCUGCUUUAAAUAAAUAAAAAAUCGAUACAACAGAGCACAACACGUAUUUGCCUCUCGGGCUCUCUCCUGAAACCCCAGUUUCUCCUCGAUUCUAUCCUCUCGCUCUCGCUCUCCCUCUCCGGCGAUCAACUCGUAUUUUAGUUCGAUUUCUCGCCGGAACCAGCAAUCUAGACCCCUCUUUUCUACGGUAUCUAAUCCUAGCUCACGCGAUUCAAUCGAUCCAUUAACAACGCAAAUCAUGAAUCCUGAAUACGAUUAUUUGUUCAAGCUUUUGCUUAUUGGAGAUUCUGGUGUCGGAAAAUCAUGUCUACUUCUGAGGUUUGCUGAUGGUUCAUAUCUGGAUAGUUACAUCAGUACCAUUGGAGUGGACUUUAAAAUCCGUACUGUGGAACAGGAUGGGAAAACAAUGAAACUCCAAAUUUGGGACACAGCUGGACAAGAGCGUUUUAGGACAAUCACAAGCAGUUACUAUCGUGGAGCUCAUGGAAUCAUUGUUGUUUAUGAUGUCACAGAUCAAGAGAGCUUCAACAAUGUUAAACAAUGGUUGAGUGAAAUUGACCGUUAUGCAAGUGAAAAUGUGAACAAGCUUCUAGUUGGAAACAAGAGCGAUCUCACAGCUAACAAAGUCGUCUCCUAUGAGACAGCAAAGGCAUUUGCGGAUGAAAUUGGGAUCCCUUUCAUUGAGACAAGCGCAAAAAAUUCCACCAAUGUUGAGCAGGCUUUCAUGGCUAUGGCCACAGAGAUCAAGAACAGGAUGGCAAGCCAGCCAGCCAUGAACAACGCAAGGCCCCCAACAGUGCAGAUUCGAGGACAGCCUGUGAACCAGAAUUCUGGCUGCUGCUCAUCUUAGAAGAGAGCCGUUGUGAAGUUGGCUUGUGACCUUAACCAUGUUGGCAUGUGAAACUAGUUCGUCUACUCCCAAUCCUUUGAUAUGAAGGUUAUUUGUUAUGAUUUGGUUUUCUUUGCCAGUUAACACCUUUGUCAAACCUUCCAUUCUUUUAAAUGUAUUUGAUUUUAAAAACAUCUGUACAAAAUAGGAGUACUGGUGAAUAGCAGUAUUUGCCUUGUCUUUUCUUUGAAA